AUGAAGUUCACCUCUGCUGUCGCCGUCUCGGCCAUCGCCCUCGCCUCCCAGGUUGCCGCUUCUCCUAUGCAGAAGCGCGACAUCCCAAGCUCCUUCUACUCUAACAUGCCCAUCACCGGCUCCAUCUUCUCCUUCUCCGACGACGCCUCUUGCAACGAGAUCUUCUACCAGUCUGGAAGCUGCGGCUUUUCCACGUACUUCACCUCGCAGUUCCCCAGCUCCGCCGGCCAGGAGUUCAUCGCCCUGUCCGCCGCGGACAUGGACCAGUUCGGCGCUGCCCAGAACGACGAGCUCUGCGGAAAGACUAUUGACAUCACCGGCCCCAACGGUGUCACCAAGCAGGCUGUCGUUGCUGACCGUGCUGGUGCCGACAUCAUCGACAUGUGCGCUGGCCUCUGGGAGGCUUUCGGAAGCGUCAACGGUGACGGCACCAACAUCCAGGUCCAAUGGAAGGUCUCCCAGUAA